CUGUCCCUCGCCUGGUGCUGAAACGGCGGCUCUGGGUACUGCACGUCCCGCCCAUUUGCCCCGCCACUGUAUGGCUGACAUGGAAGAGGAACUCAAGUGCCCGGUCUGUGGCUCUUUCUACCGAGACCCCAUCAUCCUGCCGUGCUCGCACAAUGUUUGCCUGCCCUGUGCCCGCACCAUCUUGGUGCAGACUCCCGAGGCGGAGCCGCCGUCUCCCCAGGCCCGGGCCCGGGGCUCGGCCUCGGAUUAUGAUUACCUGGAGCUGGACAAGAUGAGCGUGUACAGCGAGGCGGACAGCGGCUAUGGUUCGUAUACGGGCAUCGCGCCGGCCACCCCCAGCCAGAAGUCUCCGAACGGCGUGCGGGUGUUCCCGCCUGCGCCGCUGCGCCACUCGAGCCUUACCUGCCCGCAGUGCCACCGCAGCGCUCUGCUGGAGGAGCGGGGACUCCGCGGCUUCGCCAGGAACCGCCUGCUGGAGGCCAUCGUCGGCCGCUACCAGCAAGGCCGCGCCGAGCACGCUCGCUGCCAGCUGUGCGAGCUAGCCUCGCAGGAGGCGGCCGUCCAUUGCGAGCAGUGCGACGUGUUCUACUGCGAGCCGUGCCAGCGGCGCUGCCACCCGGCCCGAGGAGCCCUGGCCAAACACCAGCUCAUCCCAGCCGGCCAGGUCCGUGCCCCCGCCCCCACCAAGAAACAACCGCUGCCCCGCAAGCUCUCCACCUGUACCGAGCACGAACUGGAGAACCACAGCAUGUACUGCGCCAGUUGCAAGAUCCCCGUGUGCUACCAGUGCCUGGACGAUGGGAAACACAGCAAGCAUGAAGUCAAGGCACUGGGAGCCAUGUGGAAACAACAUAAGGCUCAACUGUCUCAGGCAUUAAAUGGUGUGUCUGACAAAGCAAAGGAGGCCAAAGAGUUUUUGGUACAUUUGAAAAAUAUGAUCCAAUUAAUUCAGGAGAAUGGAGUGGAAGUUGAGGCAUGCCUUGUGGCACAGUGUGAUGCACUUGUUGAUGCAUUAAAUCGCCAGAAAGCCAAGUUACUUACUAGAGUUACCAAGGAGCGGGAAUUUAAACUAAAGGUUGUUCGUGAGCAGAUAAGCCACUGCACAUUGAAACUUCGCCAGACAACAGGUCUCAUGGAGUAUUGCCUAGAAGUAUUAAAAGAUAAUGAUCCCAGCGGAUUUCUACAGAUUUCAGAUGCUUUAAUCAAGCGUGUUCAAGUGUCUCAGGAGCAGUGGGUUAAAGGAGCUUUAGAAGCCAAAAUAAAUCCUGAAUUUGACCUGACUCUCGACAAUGGCCCAUUACUGCAGUCAAUUCACCAACUUGAUUUUAUUCAAAUGAAAAUUCCUUCUGCAGUGCCACCUGCACCAAUACUACAACUGGAGAAAUGUUGUACUAAUAACAACAUUGCCACACUUGCAUGGAAGGCACCUCCACUCAACCAGACUCAGAUCGAAGGCUACAUACUAGAACUUGAUGAUGGAAAUGGUGGGCACUUUCAGGAGGUGUAUGUUGGCAAAGAAACAGUGUGCACAGUAGACGGACUUCAGUUCAACAGUGUCUACAAUGCAAGAGUAAAAGCCUUUAACUCAGCAGGUGUUGGACCUUACAGUAAAACAGUUGUGUUGCAGACAUCUGAGGUGGCUUGGUUUACCUUUGAUCCCAAUUCUGCCCAUCCGGAUAUCCUUCUGUCUAAUGAUAACCUGACUGUUACGUGUAAUAGCUACGAUGAUCGCGUUGUGCUAGGAUCUGUUGCAUUCUCCAAAGGAAUCCAUUACUGGGAAUUGUCUAUUGAUCGCUAUGAUAACCACCCCGACCCUGCUUUUGGAGUGGCAAGAAUUAAUUUAGUAAAGGAUAUGAUGCUAGGCAAGGAUGAUAAGGCCUGGGCCAUGUAUGUUGACAACAACCGCAGUUGGUUUAUGCAUGGCAAUUCCCACACAAAUAGGACAGAAGGUGGGAUUUGUAAAGGUACAACAAUUGGAGUUCUCCUGGACCUAAGCAAGCAUAUCCUUUUAUUUUACAUCAACAAUGUUCAGCAAGGCCCUGUAGCCUUUGAAAAUUUGGAAGGCAUUUUUGUGCCUGCUAUCAGCAUUAAUAGGAAUGUCCAGGUAACACUUCACACAGGACUGGAAGUUCCAAAUCAUAUCAAACAAGGAAAAUCUUCAUCAUCCUGCAGCCCUAACAGCAAGUCUAAAUAUUGACUACCAACAAAAUACCAAACUAUCCAAGUAUAUUAUGUUUGUGCCAAGACUCCUGAUCCCAUAUAUAGAAAAAAUCAGAAAAACCUUUAAAGAACCACAAUUUCCACAGUUGCAACUAAACCUUAGUUACAUUACACAAGUGUAACAUGACACUCAAAAAUGUCUUUCAAUAAUAUAACAUUCAAAACUAUUUUCAAUAUUAACACUUUUUAAUCAAAUGACUGUCAAUGUUUAUGUUAGCAAAGUUGAAGUAAACAAAUAGAAGCUCCCAUUUCAUUGCAAAAGACUGUAGGUAGCAGUUAAGCAGCAACCUCUAAACUGUUACCUUUUUAUAAAAAGUGUACCUUAGAUUUUGAAAUCAUAAUAUUAAUUUUAAGGUGUACCACAUAAAAACAGUUUGGAUGUAUUUGGAUAAAAAUCUUCAUCUCUGAAAGGGAAUUAAGCUUCCUUUUAGCAGCAAGAGACAUUAUUUAAAUUAAUUUUCCUCAAACCUUAAAAUCUGCUUCCCUGCAACCUGUUUUCCCCACUGACAAUUGACAAAUGCCGACAAAGUAAAUCAAGUAUAUUUACAUGAUGGACAAGCUUGAGACAAUAGCAUUUGUCCAGGUAUUAGUUGUCAAACUGGAAAUCCUUCCAUAUGUCUUUGGCAGGCAGUAACAGCAGGAGAGUCUUCUGGUCAACCAAACCAUGUGGUAGCUGUAGCUCAACAAUUACAUGUUAGCCAUGUUAAAAACACUCGAUAUGCAGUCUCUUGUCAAAAGCUGUACACUGUGGCAAGCAUGCUUCACAUUUCAAGGAACUGCUGAUGUUGACUAUUUAACCCUGAUUCGGGUUGGAGAAACUCUAAGGAAUCCUGUCAUUCUGUAAAAUGGCAGUGCCCUGGCAUGCUGCCCAUUGGCCAUGAAGCAGAUGAUUAACCAGUCUGUCAUAACAACCAAUACAUCUGGGACUUGCUGAAUGCAUCUGUACAUAGCCAAUUGACAACAGCUAAUGAUGUCCCAGUAACUAUCUGAUUAUGCUUCCUAACAUAUAAAGGCAGGGCCAGUAUGCUGCCUUCCCAGCAUGUGAGUGCCAGCUUAAAUUCUCUCUACUCUUGCCCACUUCCUUCAACAUAAGGAAAAUCAUAGAUAGGAAAAUCAUUUGAACAGUCUUUUGAACAUGUAGUUGAGUGAAGAUAGGAGUAUCACUGUAGAGUUUUAUCCUGGAGAAUGGUAGCAAAAUGUCAGUCUAGAAAGGAGGGAGAGCAGUUCAUCCACACUGUUGUUCCUAGAAUCAAAUAACACAAAAUCUUUGAGACUUACCGAAGGAGAGAGUUGUUGAAACUGCCAAGAUGACUCCAGGAGUAUUGUUUCUUCACACCAGCAUUGACUACAUAUAUAGAGAGAUCAGCUGCUACAUGGGAGGGGGAAUGGGGACAGUUGUGGAAAAAAUAGAAAUAUUUUUUUCAAAGCCAUUUGGAGUAAAGUUUUAAUUUCAGCAGGCAGUCUGUGAUGUGCUUCACCCAAUUUUCCUUUAAUGAUUAGGAACAAUAAAUAAUCAAAUAAUAUUGUUUUCUCAUUAUCUUUUCACUACAAUGGAUAUAUUUUAAAAUAUUAUGAUUUUGUUUAGGGUUACGUCUCUAAAGAUAAAUAGUCUGCACCUCUCCUGUGCAAAGCAUGAGAUACUUAUUUCAACAUUUACCAGUACAGAGAUGAAUCCAGUUUAAAUUAACAAAUUCAAUUUAGUUUUUGCUACUCUUGACUGACAUACCUCCAAUCAUUGAUCUUUAUUCAUUUAUCUAAUUACGGAAGGAGUAUUCCUUCCUUUGCCUUGGAAUUAGCCGGUAAAAGUAUUUUUGUAUAUUUUCCUAAUCAACCUGUUUAGAGAUAUUAUUAUAAAACUCUAGAGUAGGUGAGGCUUGAACCCAGACCUCUUAGUUCGGAGGAAUGGACAUUACCAUUGCACCACAAGAGCCCCUCAUAAGUAUUUUCAUUGUGAUCUAAAGUAGCUGAAUGGAUUAAUGAGGGACUGCAAAAGACCAAAUUGACUUAUGCUGCUGUUGAGCAUUUUCUCACGGCUGACUGAAAAACACAGUGACCGAACACCUUAGCCUAUACCUUUCCACUCUUGAUCCAAGAAUGAUCAAAGGGACCUUGAGCUAAUUAAAAAUUCAAGUAUUGAUAUAUUUUAGCACCUAAGCUAACGCACUUGUUUCUUUUUCAGUUGAAUACGUAAAAUAUUUACAAUGUAGGAAAAAAUUUUAUGGAAAACAGUAUGCAGGAAAACACUUGCAAAUCUAUAUGAUGUAAACUAAAUGUUGAAGUAUGUAAAUUUAAUAGGUCUGUUUUGUGAUCGUGUCUGUUUUGCUAAUCUUUUAUGCUUUGAAAGGUCAAUUGAUGGUGGUGGCAGACACACAAAGUGUUUAAAGUGCUGUGGAAGACUGUUGCUUUGCAUGUAUAGUUGAACGAAAUUUGCCAAUGUUUCCUUGAUUAUGCACUUUGGCGUUAUUUAAUUUAGUGAUGUUCGAAACUUAGAGAAAUGUUCUAGAUGACAGUUUUAAAUUUACAUAAUUAUCAGACCUUCACAUAAUAUUAAUAAGUACUGGUAAUAGCCAAUGACAUCACAACAUUAUCAUUAUCAGUCUUAUUUCACAAUAGGUCUGCAUUCAAAAGGGCAGAGGGGCAGAACCUCACCAUCUCCUACAGAAGAUCAGUGGAGAACCUGGAGAAAGAGCAAAUAGGCACAUGCAAAGGUUGAGAGGCAGGAGAUGUGUGAUGUGAUUUUGUGAUCUUUGUGAUGUAUACUGCUCCUUGGCCAGCUACCCCAAUCUCUCUCUCACACACACACACACACCAAAGUUUUACCAAUUUCUCCUUUGCCAGAAGAUGCAGCUAAAACUUGUAAAUUUGACUCCCUGGGGGAUGUCCAAGUCUUCAGACUUGAUAACCAGUCAAUUGCUUUACCUUUCAAGUUUCGUACGUGUUUAGAGGAUCCUAUACUUGGAGAGAUCUUUAAGUGUGGGAAAUGUUAUACCAUUGGUGGACAAUGCUAAUUCUAAUCCCUGUGAGAUCAAACUGCAGAAUUCUUCUGAUAUGAGUUGAUUGGCUAUUUUAUUGAAAAAUAUGGAAAUACUGCACUUUAUUCUUUGUGAUGCCAAUGAGGGUGUUAGCAUGAAUGAGGGUGUUAGCAUGCACAAUGAGCUACCUCUACAAAGUUGUAAGUUCAAUACCAGUGUGAAGGGAUAACCCAGACUGACAUUCCAGUCUAACACAGUUGGAGGUGCCAUAUUUUUGAUGACCCCGUAGUAGGGAAGUCCACACUACUCAUUCAACGUGAAACCACUAAAAGAACAGAAUGACUGGUCAAUCAUUGAUUUCAUCGCAUUUUUGUGGAAUCUUGCUGUGCGAGGUGGCUACUGUUUACCAGUCUCUGUAAUUCAAUUAUAAUUAAAUGUUAUGAUUGGGGGUAAGAUGUUGUAUAAAUGCAAAUCUUCUUAUUCAACAGACUAAAACUGAUCCCAAGGAGUACCCUGAACAGUAAGCACAAUGGCAUUUCAGAUCGAAAGUAGACUAUGAUUUGUAAUGGCACUGAACUUAGUCUUACUGCAAAGCAUCACUUAUCUUGUUGGAGUCCACUGAUAUCUUCUUAGGGUAUAGAAUUGCUUUAAGAAUGGCCUCAAGCUCCUGAUCUGUAUUAUUGUUAUGGUGUUUUGUUUGAUAGGAACAGUCUCUUCUAUUGUUUUGCAUUAAAGGGGUAGUUUUUCUUAUUCAACCUGAAACACAUUAUUCUGCUGACCUCCAGGAUACUUAGAGGAUUGAACAGAAAGAUGGAUGGUCACUUGGCUCAAGUAGUGGAGGUUCAAGAACAUUCUAGAAUUGAGUAGGAACUAUUUAAUCAUACUUCUCAGCAAGAAGGAUUAUUGGGUCAAUUUCUGUAUUUAGAACCAGCUAGACUUCUGACAGCAUAAUUAUUGAACAGGAGCAUUCUUAGAUCAGGAUUCUCCCCCAGAUAUUGGUGUGCUCCGGACAUUUCACAAGCCCUACACUGAUACGUCCAGUAACAUGAAAUGGGGGAAUAUCUAUACAGUGAUAUUAUUCACAUGAAGUUCCCCUCCCUUUCACCUUAAAUUAUCAUUUUACUAUAUUGUGCUAUUACGUUUUCUUCAAAUUCACUGGUCACUCACAGUUGGAGCAGAUGACUUAUGGGUAGGAACAGGUACCUCACAAGCUGGUCUACAAAUGUGGCGUAUGCAUUUGGACUGAGCAGGUAUGAACCCCUGGGCUGAUUUAUCCCAUUACCUGCAGUCAUUCCUCUUUUCCUUAAUGGUCUGUAUGGGUAAUCUUCUUCAGUGUGUUGACAGUGGAAUGAAGAAUCAUAUUGGAUUGUUUUCAUUGUUGAAUGGAAGAACAAUCCAGUGUUCCAAAAUUUCUUAAGUUAAUGGUGUAUAGUUAUUACGUCCUUUCAAUUCAGGAGGGGAGCAGUGAUGCCUUGAUGGUGACCAUUAUAAUGUCUUAAAGAUAUUGUACCUGUAAAAUCAUUUUUACAGUUCACAAUGGCAUCCGCAGUAUGAGGAAGCCAUUCCAUUCUACAAAAGCUGGAGGCCAAAGUGGAAGUAUAUAGCACUUUUCAUAACCUGUAAACUUCCUAAAGCACUUCAAGCAAUUAUUUUUGAAUUACUUUCACUGUUGUAAUGAAGAAAGUAUGGUAGCUAAUUUACACACAGCAAGCUCUCACAAUCAGCAAUGAAAUAAAUUACCAGAUCAUCUGUUUUAGGCAUGGAUUGAAGUAUAAAUAUUUGCCAAGAUAAAGUUGAAAAACAGCUUAAUGCAGCUGAUUACAACAUCCUAGAUUUUAUAAAUAAGGAUUAUAGGGUAAUAAAAGCAAAGGGUAGUAUUAAGCUUAUAUAAAUCACUGCUUUAGGCCACUGCUGGAAUAUUGCAUCCAGUUUUGGUGCCUUUAAAGAUUUACCAGGGAUGAGAGGUAUUGGGUAGAAGGAAUGCAAGAGAUUUUAUUUUUAUUAGAAGAGGUAAAGUUAAGAGGAGACCUGAGAGAAAUUUAGAAUUAAGAAAGUUAUGCUAAAGUUCACAGUAAAAAUGAUUUCUAUGGUCUGAGGAAACCAGAGGCUAAAAAAAAUGAUUAAUAAAACAUAGGGAAAUUGUUGGAGAAAUUUCUUUAUGUAGAAAGUUGUUAGCACAAGGGAUGUCCUGUCAGAAUUGAUGGUGGAAGCAGAAACCAGAAAAAUUUUAAUGGGAAUGGAUCAAAAUUUAAAAAUAACAUUUGAAAGGUGAUAUAAGGGAGAAGGAAUUGGCACUGAAAUGAUGGGCAGAAUGGCCAUUUCUAAAUUUUGUUGUUCUACAAUUCCGUAAUUUGAACAAUUAAAUUCUUGUAAAGUCCCUAACUCUUUUACACUAUUUCUCUGACAUGUUGACCACACCUUGGGAAUGUAUUGAAUUUGAGAAUAUUGUCUACAUAAAAUUCAUAGUGAUGAAUUGAUGUGAAAUGAAUCAGUUAAACACUAGGGUAAUUCUCUCCAGUUGUUGUUUGAAUCUUUCCUUUCAAAGAUUUUUUUCUUAAGCUUUUUUUAUAAAAUAAAUCUUGUGGCAUGGUUAAAAUGUGAUUUCCAACUGGCUGCAACAAAGUAUUUAGUUAUGAGAACAGUUGUGAUGGGCUAGCAAUCCAAAGCAUUUGAUGAUGGCUCCUCUUGAGAAACUUUACCACUCAUAAAACAAAUCUCUCUCAGAGAAUCUGAAUGCAAAAUAAUGCUGAAAUCACAAGAUGGUAGUUUUAAAAUUUCAUUCUUCACACAGUGAGUUCAUUACCUGUAAACCUAUGGUAUUUUAAUACAAUUUUCUGAAAGCAGGGCUGCUAACUGUUUACUGAUGAGUACAAAAAAUUAGAUUUUUAAACAGGUAAAAUUGUCAAGUUUUUAAUAUUGCAAGUUAUUUUGUAACAAUCUGUUUUGAAUGUAUUGUUAUAAAUUUUGAGUGGAGCAUUUUAUGUAUUUACAGACUAUUUGUAAUCAGUAUUGUUUUAACAAACACACUAUGCAGCAGAAUAAACAACACUAACAGGUACAGUGGCGUUGU